UAAAUGCUGUAAACACUAAAUUCCAAGAAAUUCAAAAUGCUUCCCGACAACAACUUCAAGAAUUAGCAACUGCUUUGUUUCCUAACAUUAGAGUAAGAGAAAAUAUUAAUUUAGAAGAAGAUAUGGAUAAUUUUUAUCAGCAAAGUUCAGGUUCCAAAACUCUCCAAGAAUUUAGUGAAGAUUAUUUAACUCUUAAUCGCGAAAAUCAGCAGCAAAGGGCUCGUAUUAGGCAACUAGAAAACGAGAUUGCUACCUUAAAAGUUCUUACUGAGUUGGAAAACCAAGAACUCACGACAAAAAUUCAA